AUGACGGCCAGCGCCGGCGAGCCCCACCGCGUAGUCCUCCUCGUCGAUCUCGACCCCCUCCUCCCUUCCCCAAACCUCAGUACUCCCGCCGCCCAGCCCGCCUCCUCCUACCUCGCCGCCGCGCUCCCAGCCGCCACGUCCCUCCUCGCCGCCUCCCCCACCUCCACCUCCCUCUCCGCCGCGCGCCUCUUCUUCUCCUCCCUCUCACCGAUCCUCUCCUCUUCCCUCCUCCCCAAGCACCUCCCCUCCGCCCCCACCCCGCUCUCCUUCGACCUCCACCCGGCCACCAUCGCCUCCCUCGCCCCGCUCCGCCGCCUCGCCCUCCCGGCCUCCCCGCACGCCCGCGUCACCGCCUCCUCCUCCUCCAUCGCCAAGUCGCUCCUCCAGCUCGAGCACGACUACCCCUGGGACGCCGAGCCCCAGCACGGCCGCCGCCGCCGCGUCACCGACCGGCCGCCCAAUUUGGUGGUCCUCUUCACGGCCGCCUCCAAUUUCGAGGAAUUCGGUGAGGACACGAGCUUCGGGAAGAGGUUUCGGGCGGUUUUCGAGCCGGCGAGGGACCGGCUCUCGUCGAGAGGGGUACAGGUGUGCUGGGUUGCCGUCGGUUCCGCUGGCGAGGGGAUUCGGAGGCCGGUGACGGAGCUAGGAUGGAGGUUUACGACAGCAGAUGCAGUAACGCUGGGGUCGGCGGUUGCUCCGCCAGCGCUCGUCUGGGGAGGUGUUGGAUUUGGGUGUGGAGGAGGUGGAGGGCGAGGUGAGCUUGUGCUGGAGAUUACCGAUGUGAAGGGGAAGCCGCUGGUCUGCAAGGGCUGCGAGGUCGAGAUGGUUAGCUCCACAUCGUGGCAGGUCAGCAGCCAUGGUGUGUCCAAGAUACAUGUGAAGGGAGUGUCUGAGGUGGGGAACUGCGAGCAGUUGAUGGGCAGAGAGUGCGAGGUUGUUCUGGUACGUGGGUUGCCACAGGAUAGGAGCAAGGGCGACGGCGAAGCAGCGGUGGACAAGGAGUUCUUCCCACAUCGGCUUCUUGAAUUGGUUCUCGCCGAUGAGAACAAUUGCCUUGGGGCUGGAAUGCCUAUUUGGCAGCUCAUUCUGGUUUUCCUUCACAGGAAAAACUAUUGCGCAAUGGUGUCUAUUUCUGAUGGAGAUGGGAAGUCUGUAGAUGGUGUUCUUGUACCUUUCUCGAUGAACUGUGCAGUACUGCAUGUCGAGAAGAAUGGCACUGGUCUGGGUCAGGUGGUUGCAAAAUGUCCUGAAACACUGGAUAGUUCCGUGCCUGAUCCAUCGAAGGAACAGAGUGCGAGGAAGAAGAGAAGCAGGCUGGUCAAUAAGCUACUCGAGGCAACAAGUUGGAGUGCCUUCUGCGAUGUGUUCCUCAAACAUGCUGAUGGCAGUAUGCCAGUGGUGGACUUGGAAGACCUGUAUUUCAGCAGGUAUGGCACUGCAUCGAAAAAGUUGCGGUUCUUGAAAUGUUGGUUGAAACAAUUGAAAUUGUCAUGUCUUGGUACUUCACCGAGCCUUCAAACAGAAGGGGAGACGUGUCCUUCCUCAAAGGAUGAAGGAGAGGCGAAGCUUCAAGUUUCAGAGGAGGAUGCCUCAGCUCCUCAUGUCAAUUCUUCGGUGGAUGAAGCAGAUUGUAACAAAAUGGACAAACCAGUGGAUGAAGCAGAUUGCAACAAAGUGGAGCAACAAGUGGACGAAAAUGGUUCAGGGUUCUGUUCUAUGGAAGAGUUAGAAGCAUUUCUUGGGAGUAUUCCUCAGAAGAUUGAGCAAGGUCUUUGUUCUGAAGAUGCUGAUUUGGGGAAUUUAGCUGAACGCUUGGUUGGCUUGUCUGUCCAUGCACUGCUGAUUAAGAAUGGAAAGAUCGCGGUGAAGUAUUUUGAACACAAUGAAGUAUGCGGUGUUUCUGAUGCAAAUAUUACUUACGAAGCUUCAAGUAUUCUGCUGAGGAAACCCAAAGAGCUUCUGUUGAAGUACAAAGACAACAAGUCAGCAUCUGCCGCAUCGGAACAACCAUCAAAAUACAGCACAGAUUACAAAAUCCGAGAACAUGAACUGCAGAUAUUGCUUAGGAUGGAAAUAAUUAGGUCUAAACUUGGACCUGAAUUUGAGGAAGGUUCAAAGCAGAAGAUGAUAAAAGAGAUCUGCUCUCUUUUGCAGUUCAUUGAUAUAAACAUCCAAGGGGAUUCAUUUCAGUCUGACAGUAUUGUCAAGUUUGCUGAGAAGACCAUCAAGUCCAGGUACAUGGAGUCCUUGGAGGAUGUGAUCAAGAAGAUAUACACGGAGAUGGAGUUCGAUCUGUUCGAUGAAGACGAUGUGCCAUGUUCAGACUCUGUACCCAGCAGCAGCAACCAGGACGAUGCCAGGGCUGACAGGAGCAGGAGAAGCCACGGGAACUGCACUGGCAGUGCAAGCGCUCCCACACUCCACACGAGGAGCAGCCGCCACGACAAGCACGAGGCGCAGCUGGCGCGAGCGCAGGAGCGGCGGGACAGGGAGCGGAGGUUCUCCUCCUUGACCAGCUGGGUGCCUGACCUGCGCCGUGUGUGGGCGCUCAAGCACCCGGGGAAGGAGCCUCCACAGGCGACGGUGCCUCGUUCCAGGCAGCACUCCAAGCGGAGGAAGCGGCGUGUGGCGUGCACCGACAUGGUCUGCGAGACGCCCAUGAUGGCCGCGAAGAAGCAGCAGCACGAGCAGGCCAGGUGGGAGUCCCAGGAGGGAGAUGAGAUGAUGUCGUUCGGGUCCGUGUCCAAGACCUUGUUCGACGACGACACAGAGAUAAGCAGCUCGAGCAGCGUGUAA